AUGCGCCGUGGACAUGGUAAGCCUGGUCAGGCUGUACUUCAAGGAGAUCCCAGUCGGCUGCAGGAGAAGCCGCUGCGCCUCGAGUGCACUCCAGUCCAGAUUGCCGACGUCGUCCGGGACGUCCUCCGCUUCUGCGAGCAGUGCACCGACAGGUACGGGCGCCCCCUGAAGAGGCGGGGCGUGCACCUGAGCGGCAACCUCGGCCGCCGGCUUCCCGUCAUCGAGGCGGACGCCCAGAGGUGCGCGCAGCUCGUUUUCAACCUGGUUGUCAACGCCCUCCAGGCGACGCACACAGGCCACGUCCGGGUGUCCGCGGUCAGCGACGACAGCUCCGAGACGCUCACGCUCCUCGUGGAGGACACCGGCACGGGCAUCCCGCGGGGCAAGAUCGACAGCCUGUUCCGGCCCAUCGGCGGGCCGGCGUCCAGCGGGCGGCAG